AGCGCGCCCACGCGGUCCGGGUCGGAGUACUUGGCCGCAGUAAGCGCGGCCCCGUCCACCAUCCCCGCGACCCUCCGCUGGCGGCCGAGCAUGGGCGCGCGGGCGUCGGGCGAGCCCGGGGUCGGGGCCGGGGUGCGGUUGCUGCUGCUGCUGCUGUUGCUGCUGUUGCUCGGGCUGCUGGCUCCCGGCGCCCUAGGGGCGCGGGGCCGCGGCGCCGCGGACAAGAACAGCCACCGGCGCGCGAUCAACACCUUCUCGCAGAGCGUCAACAGCCUUUUUGGAGAAGACAACGUGCGCGCGGCUCAGAAGUUUGUGAUGAAGCUGACUGAGCGGUUUGUGCAGGGAGUGGAUAUGUUGGUGGAAGCUUUAUGGAAAGUUUGGAUGGAACUCUUGGAUGUCCUUGGACUUGAUGUGUCCAACCUGUCGCAGUACUUCAGCCCAGCCUCCGUGUCUAGCAGCCCAACCCGGGCCCUGGUGCUGGUCGGCGUUGUCCUGUUGGCAUACUGGUUCUUGUCUCUGACCUUGGGUUUUACCUUCAGCCUCCUGCACCUGGUGUUUGGUCGCUUCUUCUGGCUGGUGAGAGUCACCCUGUUUUCCAUGUCCUGUGUGUACAUCCUCCAUAAGUACGAAGGUGAGCCAGAGCAUGCAGUGCUGCCGCUGUGCCUCGUAGUGGCCAUCUACUUCAUGACGGGGCCCAUGGGUGUCUACUGGCGCAACAGCCCCAGCAACCCGGUCAGCCCCAGUGUGGAGGAGAAGCUCGAACACCUGGAGAAUCAGGUGAGACUGCUCAACAUCCGCCUCAACAGGGUGUUGGAGAACCUGGACAGCUCCAAGGACAAGUGAAGGUCAACUGCCUGGCUGGGUCCCCGGGCACCAGCUUUCGAUCUCAGAAGGCAGAUAAAGGGGAAAACAGCAACUCUACCAAACCCCAAACUUCCUCACCGAACCCCAAACCCUCCCAAUAAAAUGAGCACGAAUGGGGUGCCUGCUGUUUCAGCCUCACGCCAACCUUGGGACCCAUUGAAGAAGAAGGAAGAGAUCCCUUAUGUAGAACAAUGUGAAAGUGUUGCUAGUGGGGAAAGAAUAUUUUUUAAACAAAGGAUAUAACCAUAUUAGCUGUACAUUCAGAAAUUUAUCUGUGCAUAGAACAUAAAGUUGAUUUUUUUCAAGCAUUUAAAUACAUCUUUUGUAGGGUUUUUAAAUAAAGACAGAUUAAGUUGAGUUUAUCAGAACUCUGAAGGGAGGAACAUGCCAGCAUGACGUUUUUAGGGAAGUUUUCAAGUGCCCAAGUUUGUUUUUGCAGUGGAGUGGCUGGUGGGUGAGGUGUAUGCGCAUUACCUUUGUACUUCCAAACUGAGCUUUAUUUUAUAUCUCUUAGGGUUCCUGUCUUUAAUGAAUAUUGUCACUUGUCAUUGUGGGCAGUUGGGCUUCGGCAUGGAACUCUUAUUUCGGAUCCUAGGGCCGCUAUGAACACCCUCCCCCAUCUGUUGUGUUUCUUGAUGUCCAUUUCUGGUUUUGUGGUGCUGGGGAUGGAACCCAGACAUAUGUGGUUCUGGAGGAAAAUACUUGUAGAAGCACUGGACUUUUUUUCCUUCUGUAAUUUGAUAUAUUUUAACCUACAGCAUUUCCAGAAGGGAAGUGUAAGGACAGGGCUACAAAAUGUCGGGGUUUGACGCUAAGAGUGGAUCCUAGAGAUCAUUCCAGACUCCAGCAGAGUCCACUUCCCCUGUUUGCUAGCUAGGCCUGUAUAGGAAAGUUGGACCCUGAUGGUUUUUGCUUAUUUUUUAAAUUUGUUUUUAAUUGACUUAGGACCACAGAAGAAAAAGAAACCAUUCAUGGCUAGUAACAUUUUUCAUUCUGUUGCUUCUAGAAUAUUCUUAGGUAUAAGUGACCUUGAGGAGAUAGUUUUUCCUAAAACUUUUACAAUGACCUGUUAGGUGCUUUUUGUCUGCAGUCCAGGGCAUCGGUAUUUUAGGUGGUCUCUGAGGGCAGAGAGUUGGGCCAGGGGGAGCCUGGACAAAGUGUGGGCCAGAGGCUGGACUCUGAAAAGGAAGCUGACUGUUGCAGGAUGUGGCCAUGCAGGCUCCCUGGAUCAUCACCAUCUCUGUGGUCCUCCCAAUGUACCCUGGAGCCAUUCAGUCCCAUCAGCAGGUUGGUGGGAACACCAUCAGCUCUGAUGGGGACCCUGCUGGAAUAGCCUAGCUGACGCCUACUGUGGUGCGGUGCGUCUGUGAAGUGCUGUUUUGAUUGAUCUGGAACACACAUGCAGAGCUUUCAGAGGGCAUUAUCUGAAACUUCUGUUCCAGGCAGCUGGAAUGAGAACCAAACUCUUCCUGUAUUUGGUUUGCUUCCAGAGCCCACACUCGGGGCAUUCUCUCUUGGCAUUUGAGACACAUACCUUCUGGCAUGAGAUAUUCUGUAUAUGUCAUUCAGAUGCUGUAAAAGAAUCCACUUUAGCUCAGGGUGUGAGUGGCUGGGCAUAGUUAUUGUCCUCUUUCUACAUAUCUGGCCAUAUCUUCUGGCAACAGAAGAUUGCUUUGCAAAUGUUAGCUGGGGGAGAUGAGCUCUGUGUAAAGCUGAGUCCCCAGCCCUACCCUGGCUCCUUUUGCUGGUGGCCACUGAGGUGGCCACUCAGGUACCCAAGGUCAGGGUCUAGACAAUCCACUGUGGCUGAGUGUGGUUAUUCACACCUGCAGUCCUGGGGACAGAGGCAAAGGGAUCAUGAAUUUUAGGCCAGCUUCGUCUACAUAGCAAGUUCUUGGCUAACCAGGGCUUCGUAACAAGAACACCCUCCCCUCAAACAAAACAAAACAAAACACUCCAUUCUUCCCUGGCUCCUGCAUGAAACAGUAGGCUCCAGAGACAGGAUUAGCUAUCAAUAUAAUUUGUAGUAAACAGAUGAGGCACAUGUAUCCGGGUGCUGGUGGACUAAGACCACAAGUCUCCACUGAAAAUGAGAGUAAAAAUAGGCACUAUUUUUCCAGUCUGGCCAAGUGUUGACUCUGAAACCAAUUUUAUAGUUUGAUAUAUGCAUGUACAAGAUGCCUUCAUUUUAACUUUUUUGACUUAAUUUUUUUUUGAGACGGGCUCUCAUGUAUCCCAGACUGGCCUUGAACUUCCCCUGAUCGUCCCGCUUCCACCUCCUGAAUGCUUGGAUGACAGGCGUGUGGCACCACUCCCAAUGUGUGUAAUGCUGGGGUUGAAGCCAGGGCCUCAUGCCAUGUUAGGAGAGCACUCUACCAACUGACCCAUACCCCCAGAUGUCACACCAAAGUAAGAUAUUACAUGAAACUCUAAUAGAAGUCUCUUGUUAGGUUUGAAAUUUUCAAAUGGUGUUUACAUAAAUCUUACCUUGUUUGGAUGUGUUCUUAACCCCAAGUAGUUAAGGUUUGUUGUUUUUUCCUAUCUCCAGUCCAUGUAAGUGUGCAGCAUAUGGGCCUCCCCCUACUGUCUCUAUUCUCUCUUUUGUAUGUAGAAAGAUGUAUUUUUGUAUUUUAUCUUAUGUCUUAUCUUCAGGGCUGUGUGCAGCAAUACAUUGAAUAUUGUGGUAGAGAAACAUUUUGAUGGCAGCUACUGUGGAUCUGAUAUGUUUAAGGGUCAGGGGCUAGUAAGAUGCUCAGUGGGUUAAAGGCACUUACUGCCAAGCCUGUCAACCUGAGUCCAAUCCCUGAUACUCACAUAGUGGAAGGAGGGAACCGACUCCCACAGGUUUUCCUCUGACCUCUGAACAUGGGCUAUGGUACCCCCCCCACAAUAAAUACAUGUAUAAUUUUAAAAUGUAAAAUAAUAGGGUCAGGGUUUUAACUAUCUUAAUCAGUGUUAAUUUCCCAGUGUUUCUCAUAUGAAAUACUCACUUUACCAAGAACAGAAGGUGAGGCAGGAUCAGUUAAUCACUAAAGUGCUGGGCUCAGGUGAGUGUGUUGGGGUUAGAGAUUUUUGGUGGUGUUUUGGUUUUUUUAAGACAGGGAUCUCACAUAGCCUGGGUUGAUCUCAACCAGGCUAUGCAAUUGGGGUUGACCUUGGACUCCUGUUCCUUCUGUCUCCACCUCUGAGUGCUGAGAUUAGAACAGGCACCACCACGCUUGGUUUAUGCAGUGCUAAGGACCAAACCCAGGGCCUGGUGCUUGCUGGGUGAGUACUCUACCAACUGAGCACACCCCAAACUUGGGUUAGUGUUUCUACAGUGACCUCCUUGGACAUCUCCUGCCCUUUGGGUCCUUUUGUGGUGAGCCUCGGCCCUCUACCUCUUCCAGUAACAAAGUGCAGCUUAGAACUUCUUCACAGCUGGCCUUGUGACUGAGGGGCAACCUUGAGGGGUGGCUGCCAUUGGAAGGUUUAUAAUACAUGUCUUCAGAAACAAGACACAGCAGGCCACGUGGGUUAUGAGCAGGGAUGUGGGCUUGGGAUGGCCUUUGUAACCACCAGAGAAGUGGCCAGGAGGUGACAUCCUUCCUGGGUACUGAAUGAGAACCUUGCAAGUGGGGCUUAUGUUUGUGAGGGUUGUUUUUGUAGCCUACGGGGCUGCUGUGCAGGGCUGGUAUGAAUGGGGCUGCUGUGUAGGGCUGGUGUGAGUAGCUCUGCUCACUCUCCUGGGCCUGUGACUCAGCAUGCUCACAGAGGGAUUGGGAAUAAAAUGUCCAGGAACCCAGAUGUGGUAACACACACUUACAGUCCUAGAACUCUGGUGGCUGAGGUAGGAGGGUGGUGAGUUCAAGGCUAGCCUAGGCUACAUAGCAUGACCUUAUCUCAAAAACAAAAGUCCAAGAGUCAGUAGAGAAGCUAAAGACAGUUUCUGCAACUUGAGGCUGGUGGGCAUCCUGAAGUGGCUCUUCUGUGUCCUUGCUGCUAUGUUUUGAGACUGGGCCGCUCUCUAGCCUAGGCUGCCUUUGAACUCCUGAGCCUUCUGCCUCAGCUUCCUCAGUGCUGGGAUCUCAGGCCAGCACGGAUUCCUUGCUAGUCCCCUUUGAUAAAUAGCAUCACCCCUAAGGGGUGACCACUCACUACUUCCCCAGUGGGUUUCUAAUCGGUUUCUAAAAGGCAGUUCUUAUUGUGCACCUCUAGUUACCAGGAAUUUCCAAGGCUCUUGAGGUGUCACCUGCCCCUCCCAGCCUUUUUUAUUUUCGGGUCCUGGGGGUGGAGCCCGGGCUGAACAUGAGCUAUUACACACACACACACACACACACACACACACACACACACACCUGCGCCCCCCCCCCCACAUGCAAGCUGCUUUUCAAAAUGUCCUAAUGAUCAUUCUGCAUUGUUUUUGUUUAUGGCCAUUUGAGUAGUUGGACUUUGGGCUCCUCACCUGUGAAUCGUAGAAUUAUAGAUAUUUUGUGUGAUAUAAUACAGUACCUUUAACAACUGGACAGCCAGUGAUGUGUUCUGUUGUGUCAGCAAGCUUCAGCCUGUCACUUCCUUCUGUGUUUUUGCUCCUUUGGUGAUUCCUUGACAGGAAGGACACCUGUGAGAAUCCAUUUUUCUCUCUUGGUGAUGCAAGAAAUUGUCAUCCACACCAUCUCCUAGACACCUGUGGUAGACAGUAGCAUAACUGACCUGCCCCAAUGUCUCUGCAGAUUUCAGGCUUUUACUGUGUAGUGCCAGUUUCUUGUCCCCAAGUGUGAUAAACCUCUACAUAUUGUGUAAUUGAAUUGAUUUCUUGUGACGGUGAUUAUGUAAUUAAAACCUCUUGAGGUAAUUAUUUCCCUGUUCUUAGCUGGAAAUCACAUUCCUUUUAUCAAUAGUAUCUUCCUGGUUGAGUUUAUAUUUGUGUAUCUACUUAUGAAUUUUUAUAUAGUAUUUAGUUUGAUACAAUAGGAAGCCAUUUGGUGUGAACGUAGUGGGGUAUGUAUGCGCGUGCGCUUUAGUUCAUGAACCUUGGGAAGCUGAGUCCACAAAUGUCUUCUAUAGAAAAUGCAUCAGGCUUAUAUUUUAUUGCAAAGUGAUAAAUACAUUCCUCAUUUAUUAAUCACUGGCUUUGGUAUUAGAGACAUUUGUAGAUUGAUUUCAGAACUGAAUUAAAACAUUGUGAAAAUUACAGCUUAAUAAAUGUUUAUUGUAA